AUGGGAUCCCAUUUAUAUUAUUUUGUAUCGGUGGUUCUUUUGGAUUAUCACGUGUUACAGAUAUACAAAUAUAGGAAAGUAUCAUCGGUAAGAGACGAAGCAAAACACGAAGGACUUAACUUACGAAAACCUGAGGAGCUUACGUUAGAAUCUCAGUAUGAAAAAUUAAAAAAUCAGCUUGAUAUUGACCACUGGGAAAAUAAACGGAUUGAAAGGCCUUGGGAAGAAGGUGUUGAGAAAAAUGCUGAAAAAAGCUAA